GAGAUAACUCUGGCUUCAUCGCUUACUUCAAAUCCACAGCUCAUGAUCUUCUCCUCAACUCCCAAACCAAGAAGAACCAUGCCACAAGUUCUUGCAUCCAAAUCCAUGGCCUCAUCCUUCAACCAAAAACCGAUCAAUAAUCAAGAAAUGAAGAGGCCAAGAAAGAAGAAGAUUAAUGAAUCCCCAACAAUAGCUGAGAUUGAGCGAGUAAUAGGCAUCAAAACAGAUGAACACUCAUCAUCACCAUCAUCUACACCAUCAUUGCUUCAAAUGCUCGCCACCGAGAGCCCGGCUGAGAAGAAACUCCGGGAGACAGCAGAAUGGAUAGUUGAGAAAACUGAAGAUCGAGCUCUUGUUAGCCAGAAGAUACUCAUCUUAUUCUUCAUAAAAAUCCUUCCAUUUUGGAUUUUGCUUCUUGUUGUUGCUUCUGGUCUUUUGAAGCUCCCAUUUGAUAUCCCUUUCUUUAAUGACCUUUUCUUAUAGUCUAUAUAACGAAUAUUUUUGACUCAUUAUGUAAGUUAUGAAAGAAACAUAAUGUAUAA